UCUAGACUCUGACCAUAUCAUCUAAAGUGUUCAAGCAUCAUCAUGCAGUCUCCUGGAAAAUCUCUGAAGGAAGCUCUGCUCUGUGCUCAGAAUGAAGACCGACUCACUGUAGGAGUCUAUGAGAGCGCGAAAAUCAUGACUGAGUAAGUACAGUUCAACAGUCUGUGAAUGUAACUUAACAUUUCUAAAAAGAUAACUGUGAGAAACAUUGAACAAAAACAGACGGCUAACAGAAUGUGAUUUUUCUCUGACUACAGUGACCCGGACAGCGUGUCUUUCUGCGUCCUGGCCAUGGAUGAGGAGUUUGAGUGUGACAUCGCUCUGCAGAUCCACUUCACCCUCAUCCAGUCUUUCUGCUUCGACAACGACAUCAGCAUCGUCAGAGUCAGCGACAUGCAGAAACUGGCUGAGAUUGUCGGCGAUAAGGCCGAGCAGCUGGAAGACGCCCACUGUGUCCUCAUCACGGUAUGUGGAGCUCAAUCACUGAUAUCUCAACCUGAAUAAUUGAUCAAGUUCUUAAAGCUGUGAAAGACACCUGAGUCUGACUCUGCCUCUCUUCUCUUGUGUGAACAGAACCCCGCUGAUGGGUCUUGGGAGGACCCCUCUCUGGAGAAGCUGCACCUGUUCUGUGAGGAGAGCCGGCGUCUGAACGACUGGGUCCCUGAGAUCAGCCUCCCAGAGCGUUGAUUUGGGACUCAGCUCCUCUCUUUUGCUCAGAUGCUGUAAAGCUUCUUAUCUGGAAAUACUCAUCCUGAUGAACAGGAUGACCCUGUUUCUGCUCAUCCCUGGAUACUCCUGAGGAGGAUUCCCGUCCAGGCAGCACGGCGCCGGCCCGAGGGGCCCCCGUGAUCGUCGCCUCUUGUUCCGUCCAUGCCAAGAUGACUCUCAUUCUUUGUGUGAAUGAGGUCAGGUAUGCCACAAGAGCGACACAUCGACCCUCAUUCUUUGUGCGGAUGAGGUUUGGAGAGGAAGGAGAAGCGAGUUCUGCGUCCUGUGGCUCCCACAGAGCAAAUGUCGCAUCUAGAAGCACGCGCAGCAGGAGAAGAAGCGGUGCUGAGAAAGAGGCGUCUUUGAAAAGGGACUUUUUAGAGAUGGCCUCUUCGCUGAGCAACAUGACAACAGUUGCAAACAGCGGAAAUGUUUCCCACUUUCCAGAAUUGUCUUAAUUCUCUAAAGGUUUCACUUUAGAAAUUUAACAUGACAAAAGUUUAUCAAAAGUUAAAAAAAAAGAAAGAAAAAGAAAA